AUGGCUUCGGCUUCUUCACUAGCUGAUCCCAGUUUAGAUGCUGAAUGGCAGGAGUGGAAGAGGAAAUAUGAGAAAAGUUACAGCCAGGAUGAAGAAGGACACAGAAGAAUGGUGUGGGAAGAAAAUAAGAAGAAAAUCGAGGAGCACAACACAGAAUAUGAGCAGGGCAAGAGCAGCUUCUGCAUGGGCCUGAAUGAGCUUAGCGACCUGACUAGUGAUGAAUUCUGGGAAAUGAUGACUUGCUCUUCAGACUCAGUAUUGGAAGACCAGGAGAUAAUCGACACGUGUCUCUUGAGUGACAUUCCUGCAUUUGAGGAUAUGACAGAGGACAGCAAUGUGUCACCUGAGAGAGAUCAGGUAAAAGAUAUAAUUCUGUUUGAUGGUGCAGCUGACUGUGGAAACUGA